AGUGCCCCACACGUUGAAGGUUGGGCUAUAAAGCCUCUCCCACCCCAUGCUCAGCAUUGUACACUCCUGCAGCCUCCUAUUCAGCUUCCUCUGGGGAACACUGGUAGAAUUAACAUCACCUACAAGAUGUCUGAUUAUCAGCACAAACAGCCUGUGAGCCUUCCCCCUGCCUUCAGCCAGGAGCAGUGUAAGCAGCCCCUGCCCCAGAUUCCUGUCCCUGUUCCACAGGAACAAGUGAAGCAGCCCACACUAAUACCUGCACCGUGCCCAGUGCCUGAGCAAGUCCAAGAUGUGCAAGAAGAGCAUACAAUUCCUGUGAAAUGUGUUCCUGUUCUAACUCCACAGCAAGAGCAGAAAGGAGAGCAGCAAAUGGAACAGACAGACUAUAGACAAAAGCAGCAGCUAGAAGAGCAGCUGGAGCAUAAGCAAGAGCUGCAGACAGAACAUAAGCAAGAGCAGCAGCUGGAGCAACAGCUGGAAAGUAAGCAAGAGCAGCAGCUGGAAAGUAAGCAGGAGCAACAGCUGGAAAGUAAGCAGGAACAACAACUGGAAAGUAAGCAAGAGCAACAGCUGGAAAGUAAGCAAGAGCAGCAGCUGGAAAGUAAGCAGGAACAACAGCUGGAAAGUAAGCAAGAGCAGCAGCUGGAGGAGCAGUUAGAACAGCAACUGGAACAUAAGCAAGAGCAGCAGCUGGAAAAGAAAGAGGAGCAGCAGCUGGGGCAGCAAGAAGAACAACUAGAGCAACAGUUGGAAAAGAAAGAAGAGCAGCUGGAGCAGCAGCUAGAACAUAAGCAAGAGCAGCAGCUGGAGCAACAGCUGGAAAAGAAAGAGGAGCAGCAGCUGGAGCAACAGCUGGAAAAGAAAGAGGAGCAGCAGCUGGAGCAACAGCUGGUGCAGCAGGAAGAACAACUGGAGCAACAGCUGGAAAAGAAAGAAGAACAGCUGGAACAACAGCUGGAUCAGAAAGUAGAGCAGCUGGAGCAGAAGGAAGAACAGCAGCUGGAACAACAGCUCGAGCAGAAGGAAAAUCAACUGGAGCAGCAACUGGAGCAGCAGCUAGAGCAGCAGCUGGAGCAGCAGCUAGAGCAGCAGCUGGAGCAGAAAGAAGAGGAGCUAAAGCAGCAAUUAGAGGAGAAGGAAGAGCAGCAGCAGCAGCAGCAGCAGCAGCUGGAACCACAACAGGAACCUCAAGGGUGUACUGAAAUUCCCAUCCCUGUCAAAGAGCCCGAGCUUGUCCCACAGAUUCCAGAGGAGCACUUUCCUCCUGUGGAGCAGCAGCAGCAGCAGCAGCACAUUCAGUGGCCCUUCAAACAACAGUAAUUUUCCUCAGCUUCCCCAUUGGGAAUCUCUUCUUCUUACAAAAUGAAGUGUGUGUGUGUGUG